AUGGCCGCGGGCGGCGGCGGCACGAAUGCGCCGCUCUGCAGCAACGAGCGCGGGCCGCGGGCCGCUCAGCACGACGGCAUGAGGAGGGAUGGCGGCGGGGACCCGUACUGGUCCAGGCCCGAGUCCCGUGUGUGGACGGUGAUGCUGCUGCUGGGGACGUGUCUGCUGUACUGUGCCCGUGUCACUGUGCCCAUCUGCGCCGUCGCCCUCAGCACCCGCUUCGACUGGGACAAGAAGCAGUCUGGCAUCGUGCUCAGCAGCUUCUUCUGGGGCUACUGCUUGACACAGAUUAUUGGAGGACAUAUCAGUGAUCAAAUAGGGGGUGAGAAAGUCCUUCUCCUCUCAGCAUCAGCCUGGGGGUUCCUCACAGUCCUCACCCCGCUGCUCACCCACAUCACUUCUGCUCACCUCGUUUUUAUGACCUUCUCCAGGUUCCUCAUGGGGCUGCUGCAAGGGGUGUAUUUCCCAUCCCUGGCCAGCCUGCUGUCCCAGAAGGUGCGGGAGAGCGAACGAGCCUUCACCUACAGCACAGUGGGGACAGGCUCACAGUUUGGGACACUGGUGAUUGGUGUUGCAGGAUCUCUUCUUCUGGACUGGUAUGGCUGGGAGAGCGUUUUCUACUUCUCUGGCUUGCUGACUUUGCUCUGGGUUCACUGCACCUGCAAAUACCUCCUGAGUGAGAAAGAACUCAUCAUCCCCAUAGACUAUUUGAUGAGAGGCCUCUCCAUACCCAAGCAGACCAAAGUUCCCUGGAAGCAGCUGUUUAAGAAGGCACCGAUCUGGGCUGUCAUCAUCGCUCAGCUUUCUACAACCAGCACCUUCUUCACUCUCCUCUCCUGGCUGCCAACUUUCUUUAAGGAAAGUUUUCCUGAGUCAAAGGGUUGGGUGUUUAAUGUGGUGCCCUGGCUGGUUGCAAUUCCAACAAGCUUGUUCAGUGGAUUUCUGUCUGAUCAUUUAAUCAACCAGGGGUACAAAACCAUCACUAUUCGUAAGUUCAUGCAGGUCAUUGGCUCGGGUGUCUCGAGCAUCUUUGCUUUGUGCCUGGGCUACACCUCCAGUUUCUGCAAAGCAAUAGUGUUUGCCUCUGCCUCUAUUGGACUUCAGACCUUUAACCACAGUGGCAUCUCAGUAAACGUGCAGGACCUGGCCCCCUCGUGUGCUGGCUUGCUGUUUGGUGUUGGGAAUACAGGUGGAGCCCUGCUAGGUGUCAUUUGUGUGUACUUGGCUGGCUACCUGACUGAAACCACUGGCUCCUGGAUCUCUGUUUUCAGCUUGGUGGCUGCUGUUAACAGCAUUGGCCUCUGUGCAUUCCUCCUGUUUGGAGAGGCUCAGAGGGUGGACACAGACUCUGUGUACAUGGACCUGUAGAGCGAGCCCAGCAAGCAGCUGAGUGACAGGAGAAUGUCACCUCUCUGUGUCAUUUUUGCACAAGUGCCAAAGAACUUUUGUUUUUUACGGUAUUUAAACAGGAAAAAAAAAUAUACUGAGACCAAGUGCUUAAUGGGUCUGGAGAAAAGAAGUUUAGGGUUCAUUUUUUUGCUCAGGGCAUAGCUAAUGGCCUGCAGAGCCAGCCAGCUCAAUACCUCCAGUGAGGGUACGGCCUGUGGGACCAGUUUGCCCCAGUUUGUGUCAAGUGGACAAGUAUCCAUGUGGCCAAAGCAGCUUUACCUGGCUCAUCUCUGGGAGCUGCUGUGGUUUGCACCCUCAGCCCAGGAGCAGUUGCUGCUGAGGGCACAUCCUUCACUGGUGUCCCCCAGGAGGGUGGGCAGCUCUCUGGCUGCCACCACACAUGGAUCCCCUCAGCUACAGGAGAGGAAGAAGCCCAGUGAAUGUACCUCUGACCUUCACCCUCCCUCGUGUGCCUUCAGCUUGCAGUCUGCUCAACACAGCCAAGGCAGGUAUGCAAGAGAACAGGCUGUGAGAUGGAUUCAAGGGCUUCUGGCUGGAUGUCUACUGUGUGUCCAGGGGCAUGAGGAUGCAUCAGUUCUGCCUUCCCCAUGUUUAAGCUGAGCAGGAGGCUGCAGAGCAGAGUGCUGACAUCAGCUGAGCCCAUCUUUGCCUAAGGGAUCCCUCCUAGACUACCUCCAAUGUGAAAGCAGGGGAAAGCUGCCUUCAGCAUCAGCAUGGUCAGGCUCAGCUGGGCUCAUGGCAUAGGUGCAGCUGAGGAAGCCCCUGGGAGCUGUGUGCCACGUGCUGUGAAUGAUCAGGAAGACAAGGUCACGUCCUGUGCUCUGGAUCUACACUCCCAAAUGCUCUCUGCUCGGCUGGAUGUGUCCUCCACGAGCUCACCAAGGGGCACAGGAGACUUCCCAAAUAGCCCACAAUGGGCAGGUUGUGUUUCUACAUUAGACAUGAAGACAUCUCUGCCUUGUACUGGAUGUAGAUCCCCAGGGUUCCCUGUGUCAGAUACUUGACUGUACCCUCCUCUGAGCCUGAAUGUCUUAAGUUAUUCACAAAUAUCUUUAAACUGAAGUACCAAAUGCUAUAUUUUGUGUAUUUGAGGCCUGGUGCUGUGUGCUUGUUUUGAGUGCUACUCCCUCAAAGGGGAGGUUUUACCAGUCUACAGUG